AGGAAAGACGCCGUAAUGAUGGUAGUGGGGUGUUUGUGUGCCCUCAUACACGGUGCAGCUUCACCUCUCAUGCUUCUGGUGUACGGCAUGAUGACCGACACCUUUGUGGCUUAUGAGCUCGAGGUCCAAGAACUGAAAGACCCAAACAAGGUGUGCAACAACAACACUAUCUAUUGGACAAAUGGUUCUGUUUAUGAAACAGCUGAAAACAGAUCUGUCUACUGUGGGGUGGAUAUUGAAGCACAGAUGACCAUGUUUGCAUAUUACUAUGUUGGAAUUGGAUUAGGAGUUCUGUUAGUCAGUUAUUUUCAAAUCGUCUUCUGGGUGUCGGCGGCUGCGAGACAGGUUCAGAGAAUCCGAAAGACCUAUUUCCGAAAAGUAAUGCAAAUGGAGGUUGGAUGGUUUGACUGCAACUCUGUUGGUGAACUGAACACAAGGAUUUCUGAUGAUGUCAACAAGAUCAACAAUGCCAUCGCUGACCAAGUGUCUAUCUUCAUUGAGAGGAUCUCCACAUUUGUGUUUGGCUUCAUGGUUGGAUUCAUUGGCGGGUGGAAGCUGACUUUGGUGGUCAUUGCUGUGAGCCCACUGAUUGGUAUAGCUGCUGGACUGAUGGCUAUGGCUGUGGCCAGGCUGACAGGACAAGAGCUGAAGGCCUAUGCAAAGGCAGGGGCAGUGGCUGACGAGGUCCUGUCAUCCAUCAGAACAGUGGCAGCAUUUGGUGGGGAAGAAAAAGAAGCUGAAAGAUAUGACAAAAACCUUGUGGAAGCUCAGUACUGGGGUGUGAAAAAGGGCACAAUCAUAGGACUGUUUCAGGGAUACCUUUGGUGCAUCGUUUUCCUCUGUUACGCUCUGGCCUUUUGGUAUGGAUCCAAAUUGGUCAUCGACACCAACGAGCUGUCUCCUGGUAGCCUUAUUCAGGUAUUUUUUGGAGUCCUCAUGGCAGCUAUGCACCUGGGUCAGGCCUCACCUUGCCUGGAGGCCUUUGCUUCGGGUCGCGCAGCUGCGAAGACCAUCUUUGACACAAUUGAUCGGGAACCAGAAAUUGAUUGUUUCUCAGAAGAGGGUUACAAAUUAGACAGAGUAAAAGGUGACAUUGAGUUCCAUAAUGUCACUUUCUACUACCCGUCCCGGCCUGAAGUCAAGAUUUUAAAUGAUCUGAGUAUGCAGAUCAAAGCAGGAGAAACCACUGCUUUUGUUGGACCGAGCGGAUCUGGAAAGAGCACUACAAUCCAGGUCAUCCAGAGGUUUUAUGAUCCAAAGGGAGGAAUGGUGACUUUGGAUGGCCAUGACAUUCGUACUUUAAACAUCCAGUGGCUCCGCUCUCUCAUUGGUAUUGUAGAGCAGGAGCCAGUGCUGUUUGCCACAACCAUAGCUGAAAACAUCCGCUUUGGUCGAGCCGGAGUUAGCAUGGAAGACAUAAUCCUGGCGACAAAAGAGGCUAAUGCCUAUAAUUUUAUAAUGGAACUGCCACAGAAAUUUGAUACUUUGGUGGGUGAAGGUGGAGGCCAGAUGAGUGGAGGACAGAAGCAGAGGAUCGCUAUCGCUCGAGCUCUGAUCCGAAACCCCAAGAUCCUACUGCUGGAUAUGGCCACAUCUGCCUUAGACAAUGAGAGUGAAGCUGUUGUCCAGGAAGCAUUGGAUAAGGUGCGCAUGGGCAGAACAUCGAUUUCUAUAGCCCACCGUCUUUCCACAAUUAGAAAUGCAGAUGUCAUCAUUGGUUUUGAGCAUGGAAAGGCUGUGGAGAAGGGGACACACAGUGAGCUACUAGAAAGGAAAGGUGUCUACUUCACCCUGGUCACCCUGCAGAACCAAGGCACAUCCAGCACAAUGAAGGAAGGGCACGAAGAGGACUUUGAUCUGAAAGUGAGGAGUUUUAGCUGUGGAAGCUGCACAUCCAGUAAAAGGAGUUCUGUCCGGCUGCGAUCUCAGAGCAAAUUGUCCAAUGAUGUUGUCCCUGAUGCAUUAUCAGGCAGCCUCAAGAUCCUUUCGGACAAGGAGAUCACACCGGAAAAUAAGUCUGAAGAUGAUGCAGAUGAAUGUGUCGAACCUGCCCCAGUAGCACGUAUCCUGAAGUACAACCAACCAGAGUGGCCCUACAUGCUGCUGGGCUCGCUGGGAGCUGCUGUCAAUGGCUCUGUCAACCCAAUCUAUGCUGUCCUGUUCAGCCAAAUUCUUGGUACUUUUGCCAUUCGUGACUUGAACGAACAAAGGGCGCAAAUCAACGGGAUAUGUGUUCUGUUUUGCAUUGUGGCCGUGACUAGUUUCUUUUCACAGUUUUUGCAGGGAUAUGCUUUUGCUAAGUCUGGAGAGCUUUUAACUCGCCGUCUGAGGAAAGUGGGCUUCCAGGCCAUGUUGAGACAGGAGAUUGGCUGGUUUGAUGACCCCAGAAACAGCCCAGGAGCUCUGACCACCAGACUGGCUACUGAUGCAUCCAUGGUCCAGGGGGCAACAGGUUCUCAGAUUGGCAUGAUCGUUAAUUCACUGACUAACAUUGGAGCAUCUUUGAUCAUUGCCUUCUACUUCAGUUGGAAGUUAACUUUGGUAAUAUUGUGCUUCCUGCCACUCAUUGGGCUAUCCGGGGUAUUCCAAGCCAAAAUGCUGACAGGUAUUGCAAAUGAAGAUAAAAAGGCCAUGGAAGCAGCAGGGCGGGUGUCCAGUGAAGCUCUUGCCAACAUCAGGACCAUUGCAGGCUUGGCCAAAGAGAAGUCAUUUGUGGAAUCAUAUGAGGAGAAACUUGAGCCUCCAUAUAAAUCUGCCAAAAAGAGCGCCAACAUUUAUGGCCUCUGUUUUGGCUUCUCCCAGUGUGUCAUCUUCAUGGCAUAUGCUGCUUCAUUCAGAUAUGGAGGCUAUCUGGUUAGCUCUGAGGGGUUACCAUAUAUGUUGGUUUUCAGAGUGAUUUCAGCUGUAGUAAUCAGUGGGACAGCACUGGGUAGAGCUUCCUCCUUCACUCCAGAUUACGCCAAAGCCAAAAGUGCUGCUGCUCAGUUUUUCAAACUUUUGGACAGAGUUCCUAAAAUCAGCAUAAGACUCAAAGAUGGGGAGAAAUGGGAUAACUUCAGAGGUGAAAUAGAGUUUGUUAAUUGCAAGUUCACCUAUCCAACACGGCCCGAUAUCCAGGUGUUGAAUGGCCUGGUUGCGUCUGUGAAGCCUGGUCAGACUUUGGCGUUUGUUGGGAGCAGUGGCUGUGGGAAAAGCACCAGCGUUCAACUGCUGGAAAGGUUUUAUGACCCAGAUGAAGGUCAAGUGCUGAUUGAUGGUCGCCCGUCUCAUACAGUCAGUGUGCCCUUCCUAAGAGCUCAGAUUGGCAUAGUGUCCCAGGAGCCGGUGCUGUUUGACUGCAGUAUAGCUGAGAAUAUACAGUAUGGAGAUAACACACGCGCUGUCAGCAUGGAGGAGAUUGUAGAGGCUGCUAAAAAAGCCUACCUUCAUGACUUUGUGAUGACACUGCCAGAUAAAUAUAAGACCCAGGUUGGUGCUCAGGGCUCCCAGCUGUCAAGAGGACAAAAACAACGCAUCGCCAUUGCCCGGGCCAUUGUCAGGAACCCCAAAAUCCUGCUCUUAGACGAGGCUACCUCUGCCCUGGACACAGAGAGUGAAAAGACUGUCCAGUCUGCCCUGGAUGAUGCAAGAAAAGGACGAACCUGCAUUGUCAUCGCUCACCGGCUGUCUACUAUCCAGACCGCUGACGUCAUCACAGUGAUGUCCCGUGGAGUUGUCAUAGAGCAAGGCACGCAUGAUAAACUCAUGGCCAAGAGGGGCGCCUAUUAUAAACUGGUCACAACAGGUGCUCCUAUCAGCUAG